AAGGAAGAAGAAGAAGAACCCCGGAAGUAGAUUCUUCUCCUCUUAGCAUGGCGCAAAUGAAUACUUUGCAGUAGUAAUUGCUAAUACUGGUGAAUUUGUAACAAAACGAAUUAUAUGAAUAUGUAAUUCCCACGUGAGAAGUUAUCACAAGAAAGGUUGAGUAAGAUUUUUUUCACAAUGGCGUCAGGCGUGGGAGAACAAGCACAUGGUAGCGUGGCCUCCCAGUUCUACAGCAAUGAGGAAGAAACAGCCGUUGACAUGACCACUAGCGAGAAGGUGGUGGACUUGCUAAACCAGGCGGCCCUCAUCUCUACAGAGGAAAAGCUUAUUGUUCUCAAACAGGUGCAGGAGUUGAUUAUCAACAAGGACCCUUCAUUGCUUGAUAAUUUUCUGGAUGAAAUCAUCGCAUUUCAGACUGAUAAAUCAAUUGAGGUGCGAAAGUUUGUCAUCGGAUUCAUUGAGGAGGCAUGUAAAAGAGACAGUGAGCUGCUUCUGAGGCUGAUUGCCAACCUGAACAUGCUGAUGAGAGAUGAGAGUGUGAAUGUGGUGAAAAAGGCCAUUCUGACGCUCACUCAGCUAUACAAAGUGGCUUUACAGUGGCUGGUGCGCACUAAGAGUGUCUCGGACAUGCAGGAGGCAUGCUGGGAUAUGAUGACCCAGAUAAAAGAGGAUGUUCUGGCCUUGCUGGAUUCCGAUAACGAUGGAGUUCGCACUCAUGCCAUCAAAUUCACAGAGUCCCUCAUCAUCACGCUGUCACCACGUACACCUGACUCUGACACGCCCAAGAAACAGGAGGGAGACAUCAGCCUGGACAAAAUCCCCAAAGACCACACAUAUAUUCGAUAUGACACCUUAUGUGAGGAGGGUAAGUUGGCUCUGGAGCAGUUGUUAAAGUUUAUGGUGCACCCUGCCAUCUCCAGCAUUAAUCUCACCACUGCACUGGGAUCACUGGCCACGCUGGCCAGACAGCGGCCCAUGUUCAUGUCUGAGGUAGUGCAGGCCUAUGAGACGCUACAUGCUAACCUGCCCCCAACUCUGGCUAAGUCUCAAGUGAGCAGUGUGCGCAAGAACCUGAAGCUGCACUUGGUCUCGGUGCUGAAGCACCCCAGCAGCGUGGACUUCCAGGGCCAGAUUUCCACUCUGCUGCUGGACCUCGGCAUGUCUCAGAGUGAGAUCACCCGCUGCACACCAGCCACUGUACAGCCCCGUAAGAGGCUCCACCAUGAGCCCUACGUUGAGGGCAAGAGGAUCAAGAUGGAGGCCUCUCUAGUGGAGGAUGAUGAGGAUAAAGAAGAACCAGCUCCAGUCGUCACCACAAAACCAUCCUCCUCUGUUGGCACCCAAUCAGCCAUCGAUCUCACUGCUGAGUUCCUGUUGCCUCUGCUGACUCCAGACAAUGUGGCCAACCUGGUGCUCAUCAGUAUGGUUUACCUGCCUGAAGUGAUGCCGGCCUCUUUCCAAGCCACCUACACACCUGUAGAAUCAGCCGGCACUGAUGCCCAGAUAAAACACUUAGCCAGGCUGAUGGCCACACAGAUGACUGGGGCUGGCCUGGGACCAGGGCUGGAGCUGUGUAAGGCUCGAGAUGAAGAGGUGAAGGAGGAAUAUGGUGGAGCGGGUGAGUCCAGCUCCAAAGACCCUCUCAUCAUCCGCAAGCUGUCUGCUGUGUCCCUGGGUCAAGCCAUCUCAGUGGUGGGGGCGCCAGCAGCCUACAAGAGCCCUAUCACUGAAGAGGCACCUCAGAUCAAGAAGUUCCCAGAGCCCAUACUGCCCACCACACAGCCCAAAGCUCCUGGGGCCAGUGGCAGAAAAAAAGUGUUCAAAUUGGCCGACGUGGUGCAGCCAUUUUCAGAGGCUCAGAUUGAGAAACUCACCAACAUGGCCAUCAAGCGGAUCCUCCAAUCAGAAAAGGUCAUUGCACAGAGUGGGAUGUCCCAUGUCCGUGUGAAGCUGCUUGCACGGUUGGUGACCCAGUUUGAGGGUGGGAAGAAAAAUGACUUGUUGCAGUUUAUCUUGGAGGAUAUGCGGGGCAGAAGUGAGCUGGCCUUUUCUCUGCUGUACCACGAGUACAAUGAAUACCUGAGUCAGCAGCCCCCCAGCUCUCUGGACAGCUAUGAGCACUGUCUGUACACACUGCUGUCUGGCCUGCAGGAGAAACCUGAGCAGAGGGAUGGGCUUUUCACCAAGCUUGUGUUGGAGGCUCCAGUCAUUACAGACUCAGCACUGGAGGUGAUUCAACGCUACUGUGAGGACGAGUCACGUGUUUACCUAGGCAUGUCCACAUUAAAGGAGCUCAUCCUCAAACGCCCAUCCAGACAGUACCAGUACCUCAAUGUCCUUCUGAACCUCAGCUCUCACGAAAAAGAAAAGGUGCGCUCCACUGCUCUCAGCUUCAUCAAGCGCAUGUAUGAGAAGGAACAUCUGAAGGACUGUAUUGAGAAGUUUGCUCUCACCUACAUGCAGUUUCUGGUCCACCCAAACCCACCUUCUCUUCUGUUUGGAGCAGGAGAGGAUACAGAGGUGGCAGCUCCCUGGACAGAGGAAACGGUGCGGCAGUGCCUUUACCUCUAUCUCUCCCUCCUUCCCCUCAACCAUCGUCUGGUGCAUGAGCUGGCUGCUGUCUACACCGAGGCCAUCGCUGACAUCAAACGCAGUGUGCUCAGGGUCAUCGAACAGCCUAUAAGAGGAAUGGGAAUGAGCUCUCCUGACCUGCUGCUCCUGGUGGAGAACUGUCCUAAAGGAGCAGAGACGCUGGUCACUCGCUGUCUGCAUAUACUCACUGAUAAAGUGCCGCCAUCUCCUGAGCUGGUGGAGAGGGUGAGGGAUCUUUAUCAUAAGCGAGUGCCAGAUGUUCGCUUCCUCAUUCCAGUAAUCAAUGGCCUGGAGAAGAACGAGGUGAUCCAGGCUCUACCCAAACUCAUCAAACUCAAUCCUAUUGUGGUGAAGGAGGUGUUCAACAGACUGCUGGGCACUCAACAUAGUGAGGGCAGUUCCUCCAUAUCUCCGCUCACUCCUGGAGAGCUCCUCAUCGCCUUACACAACAUUGACUCUUCCAAGUGUGACAUGAAGUCAAUCAUCAAAGCCACUAACCUGUGUUUUGGGGAGAAGAAUGUGUACACGUCCGAGGUGCUGGCCGUGGUGAUGCAGCAGUUGAUGGAGCAGACCCCUCUCCCUAUACUGCUGAUGCGUACGGUCAUCCAGUCCCUCACGAUGUACCCUCGCCUGGCUGGUUUCGUCAUGAACGUUCUAGCCCGACUCAUCCUCAAACAGGUGUGGAAAUAUCCUAAAGUGUGGGAGGGCUUUGUAAAGUGCUGCCAGCGCACCAAACCCCAGUCCUACAACGUUCUCCUCCAGCUGCCUCCACCACAACUGGCUAGUGUGUUUGAGCGCUGCCCGGAGAUGAGGGAGCCCCUCCUACAGCACGUUCACUCCUUCACCCCUCACCAACAAGCCCACAUUCCAGUGUCUAUAAUGGCUGUUCUGGAGGCCAACAGCAGGAAGCCGGAACCUGAACCACAACCUGAACUUCAUCAUCCAGAAAUAAUAGAAGAGAGAGAGGUGCCAGUACCAAAGCAUAUAUCAAUGCCUGCACCAGUAUCACAAGCAGAACCUCCAGCCCCGACACCGGUAGAGUUUACUGAACCACCACCACCACAACAGAUCCCCAGGAGGGAAGAAGUAGAAGAACCCAUGGAGCGGGAAGAGACAGACCAUGCUGCUCUGGAGGUCACGUCUGAAGCCGCAUCACAGCAGGUGGAGGUGUCUGAGGAGGCAUCACACUCCAACUCCAUUUCAGAGAAGACCGAUGAACCCAUGGAAGAGUCGGCUGCGAUGCCUGUGGAUGUGGCUGACCAACCCAAAGAUGAGUCCGAGGAUGUUGUUCCAGAAGCAGGAGAAAGCAGUGUGGACUGAUGCCAUUUGAAAUAAGACUGAAUGGAAGCACUGACAUUGAAAAGAUGUCUCUUUCUAUACUGCUUUGUUCAGUGUACUAUGUAUCUGUAAGUUAGAAGUAAAAAUGAAAUGGAAUAUUUUGGUUUAUUUCUUAGAGGUUACGAAUUGUGCAAAUUAGUUUGAAAAUAAAUUGAUUUUGAAUGUGCCACAAUGUUUUCAUUUCUAGAAUAAAAUGCCAUCUCCAACCAGUAAAUAUGAGAAACAAAUCAUUGGUCUCUGUACUUUAGUCUCUCGUGAUUGUUAAUUUUGACCGCAUUCGGCCAAUCAGAAUAAAGACGCUGC